UCCCAUAUAUAUCUUUCUCUCUUCCAAAUCCUCUAUUUUCAUUCCCUUGUCUUUAUAUAAUGGGUUUACCUUCAUCUUCAUUAGACACAAACUGGUUUAUGUUUAUAAUUCCAAUCAUACCACUUAACAAUCUCCUCUUGGUGAUCCUACUUACACUAUUUACCAUUGCAUUUCUAAAAUGGACUAUCCCAAAAGGAGGUAUAGCUUGGAGAAAUAAAAGGAACCAAAUGGGUCAAAUUCAUAUACAAGGACCAAAAGGUCUCCCGAUAUUUGGCAUCUUAUUCGCCUUAAAUCAUGACUUACCUCACCGAACACUUGCAUCCAUAGCUUCAGCUUUAUCAACCACAAAACAACUCAUGGCCUUUAGUUUAGGCUCAACCCCUGCAGUUAUCACCUCAAACCCUAGCAUAGCACGCGAAAUUUUGAACUCGCCACAUUUUUCAAACCGUCCGAUUAAACAAUCCGCUAAAAGUCUUAUGUUUAGUCGAGCCAUUGGUUUUGCACCAAACGGAACCUAUUGGCGUUCAUUACGUAGGGUUGCAUCAACUCACCUUUUCUCUCCAAGGCGCAUUAUAGCCCACGAAGCUGGUCGCAGGCUAGAUUGCACCGUCAUGUUAAACUCCAUAGCUUAUGAACAAUCCAAGCAUGGAUUUGUUUGUUUAAGAAAACACCUUCAAGAUGCAGCUCUUAAUAACAUUAUGGACACUGUUUUCGGAAGUAGACUUUACAACCGAGAACAGUGUCACAUUAAAGAGCUACAUGAGAUGGUGAAGGAAGGGUUUGAGCUCCUAGGAGCUUUCAGUUGGUCUGAUUUCGUGUCAUGGAUUAGCUUCUUUUAUGAUCCUUAUCAUAUUCGUGAAAGGUGUUUAGUUCUUGCUCCUAGGGUUAAGAAAUUCGUCAAGACGAUUUUGGAUGAACAUCGAAUGGCUACCUCGUCCAAAAUGACAUCUGAUAACUCUGACUUUGUAGAUGUUCUACUCUCUCUUGAUGGGGACGAGAAGAUCCAAGACGACGACAUCAUUGCCAUUCUUUGGGAGAUGAUAUUUCGUGGCACCGAUACAACGGCACUUCUUACUGAAUGGAUAAUGGCAGAACUUAUUUUGAACCAACAAAUCCAAACAAAGCUUCUUGAAGAGAUUAACAACGUUGUUGGAAACAAAAACCACGUUACAGAUGCUGAUGUUACAAAAAUGCCCUAUCUCGAAGCCAUAGUGAAAGAAACAUUACGUGUUCAUCCAAUUGGGCCUCUUCUUUCAUGGGCCCGUUUAUCCACAUCAGAUGUCCAGCUCAGCAAUGGGAUGGUGGUCCCUACCAAUACUACAACAAUGGUCAAUAUGUGGGCUAUAACCCAUGAUCCUAAUGUUUGGGCUGAUCCAUUUGUGUUUAAGCCCGAAAGGUUUAUGAAGAGUGAAGGGGGUGUUGAAGUAGAUGUGAGGGGUGUUGAUUUGAGGCUUGCACCAUUUGGAGCUGGUCGUAGGGUUUGUCCUGGGAGGAACCUAGGUCUUGUGACUGUGAGUCUUUGGGUUGCUAGAUUGGUUCACAAGUUUCAUUGGGUGCAAGAUAUGACUAACCCUAUUGAUCUUAGUGAGGUUCUCAAGUUAUCUUGUGAGAUGAAGUACCCUCUCAAAGGUGUGGCUAUUCCUAGGCUUGUUUAAAGUCUAAGAA